GUUAGAUUCUUUCGCAACAAUAUGGUUAUACCUGCUUAAACGUUUGCGCUUGCUGUGGCUGUUGGGCCGUUGAACACCGGCGAGUCCUUGCGACAGCCUAGACGUACUUGAGUGCUUUAACCAUAAUAGAAGGGUGAAUACCUGUAUAGGUGCAUAGCUAACCGAGUGACGUAGUUCCAGCCCUUUUCCCGUUCAGAACGAACGCCUGAACCAUAAACAAAGUCCGCAGCCGAUAUCAGCAUUAUUACAACUAAUGCUCACAUGACGAUACAAACUAUUAGGGUAAGGGAGAUUGCUCUCGUCGGACUCCUCAUGGCAUGAGUACCAUGGGUUCAAGCGUCAUGGCGAGGAGGCCCCUGCUGCGGCGCGUGGUCUUCCUGCUGCUUCUAUGGCUGCCGUCGCUUGUCGUCGAUGCGCAAAAUAUAUCAGUUACGCUUCCCAGCCUGCUGGCGACGGCCUCAUUAGGCCAGGUCACUCUCCAGGCAGCCACCUACACACUUUCGUCCUUUGCCGUCGCCAACAUUACUUCCAACACCACGUUUGUGGGGGCAGGCAGCUCGGUUACCGUGUUGGACGUAUCCAACUUCCCCACGCCAGCCAACCAGUCAAUGCCACGGGCAUUCACAGUCCGUAACAAUGCCACGCUGCGCCUCUCCAACCUGACGCUGCGGCUGCCCCCGCUUCCCACCAGCCAGCUUAGCGGUGUGGUUAGCAUGAUAGCCCAUGCGGUGGCAGUGGGCCCGGGAGCUCUGGUGUACCUGGACGGGGUAACGCUGGUGGGAGCCAGUUGCAGUGACCUGCAAGCCUUUACAGACACGCUUUGUCGUACUACAAGCUGGCGUUACACCACCGACGAGUUCCAGAUCCUAAAUGGCAUCCUAAUGUACGGAGAUGCGCGAAUGUCAAUGUCGCCACUAACGACUUCCAGCGACUCGACCGCUGCGGCUUCUAACGGUGCCAGUUUAAAAAGUACAACCGUCACAUGUCCCAACGGCGGUCCGAAACCGCCGUGGACAUGUAGCGGCACGUACGUAAGUACGGCAGAUGAGUUGCAGAAAACCGCCGUACGACUGCUGGCAAAUACGACCAAGAUCUUGCAUUUGUCGGUCACCUCCAACAUCACGCUGGAUCCAAAAACGUGGCAACCUGUCAUGAUGCCCGCCGGUGUGCUGCUGUCGUUUUGGGGAAAUUCAAUUCAACCCGUACAAUUGGAUUUCGCGGGAAUCAUGGGUGCCUUCACGGCCAAGUCGUACGCGAGCUCGGGCGCAUUCCGCGUAAAGGAUAUGACGUUAUUGGGGUCGCCUUAUUCGGACAACUUCACAACGCCCCUGGACUUUUUCCAAACCUGGACGCAUGGCGCAUUUCGAGUGGCGAGGAUCGGCGACGGCUCCGCUAACCCCACCCGCCAGAUACAGCUCAUCGGCUGCUUCAUCUUCGUGGCCGACCGGGAGGCGCGCUUCAUGUCGCAAGUCCUGCGGGUGGCCUCGCAAUCGGAUUCGCUGGAGUUCAACGCCUGGUUGGCUGAUUACUUCUUGCUACCCGUCACGGCCGUUCAGCAACGCGAUGGCGUGACGACUAUUGACUACCUGGACGAUGCUGAUAAGGUAACUCGCCUCACAAACUGCACGCUGCGAACGCUCAAGGAGUUCGCCAGCGGCACGCCCGCGUCCAGCUAUGCUAGCCCCGACCUGCUGUGGCCCGUGGGUCUGUACACCGCUAAAUCCUCAUGGCUGAGCGGGCUUGGCUACACCGUCGCGAACUCGUCACUGCUUGGGCCGUACAUCGCCUCCCGCUCUGGAAACUUCUUUGCUCGCUCCACGCCAUCCGACUCCCUCAUGGUGAGCGCCGAUUCCUCCCCUCGCGACCUGGCUGCCGGCAACUACGGUCCCCAGUACCGCACCUCCACCAGCUGGGGCCUCUUCAUGCCGCCCAUCCGUCAGUUGGGCCGGCUGGGCUUCUGGGACAUGCAGGGAGUCACUGGGGAGCUCUACCUCCCUAGCUCCUCCACCGUAACCGUACAAAGCGCCGUACUUUACAACCUUGCUCCUGGGGGCGUGCUACCCCGCUGGAGCAGCAGCAGCAGCAGCAGCAACGGCAGUGUCAGCAUGACAACGGAAGAUGUACGACGGAGGUUGUUGGCGUACGGCAUGGGCUGGCAACCGUUUAACAACGACAGCAGCGCCAAUGCGUUGCCUGCGGAGGGAUGGGAGGCGGCGUUUGCCAACAUGACGCUACCGCUGUGGUACUUUGCUUGGAACAGAACGGAGGGCAGCGUGAGCCUCAACCUGAUCUCCUGCACCCUUGUCGUACCAAGUUUCGACUUUGCCAUCGUCGUACAAGUACUGCGGGAAGCGGGAAAACUGAUUGACACGGCAGCAGGUGUGCCGUACGGUGCAAGCAGUACCUCCAAUCUUGGGGUUCCGGAGGCUAAGAGGGCCGCGGAUACGUCCUUUAGACGCAGUUUGUUGGACACCACUGAGACAGGGACGCUGGUAGGACAGGAGCAGGCGCAGCCACCUCCUUCUUCUGCUCCUCCUCCUCCUUCUUGGUAUGCCCCUAGUGGUGUGGUGGUAGUGCCUGGAAAGGCGGAUAAGCCGCUGAAAGACUUUGCAAGCUCUGCGCAGGUUAACUGGUUCACGAGUGACACCAUCUACUUUUCGUCCAUGUCGUUUUGGGGCUGGACGGGAACUGACAUCGUCAUUACGUACGUGCCGCCACCGGGAACGCCAACAGCCGUACAAUCGUACGAUUUGUCGUACGACGCCACCAGCUUCCCUCCACCACCUCCCUCGCCGCCGCCUAGUCCCUCUCCGCCGCUGCCGCCUCCCUCGCCACGACCUCCCUCGCCUCCCCCGCAACCUCGUCCCCGACCACCGCCCCCCAAACCCCGCUCUCCACCCUCACCUCCUACCCCCAACGCUCCGCUCUCACAACCACUACCUCCCGAACUCGGACCCUCAGCCCCUCCGCCGUCCAUUCUUACGCUAUCAACGAAUCAUAGCAGUGACAGCAGCAAUACCACCAGUGGCAGCAGCAGCAGCAGUAGCAGCAAGAGUUUCCCCAUGGGUGUUGCUAUAGGUGUUUCGGUUGGUGCGGUGACCGUUACAGUGGUAGUUGCUGCGGUUGUCGUACUGUACCGUCGCCGUAGCCGCCUCACUCGAAGCCCCACUGGCAAGGACUCUAGCUAUAGCAGCGCUGGCGCCGCCGGUGGCGGCCUUGGUAGCAUUGAGAUGAACAACCUCAAGAACACCCGUCGUCGUGGCCGUCAUGACCCGCGGGUCGGUGGCAUUUCUAACGAUUCUCCCAAUGGUAGCAGUUCAGGCUCUGAGGAUCCUAUCAAGGAAGGCACUAGCAAGCAGGCACGGGACAUCAAGUCCAAGGGUUUUACGACCUUGCCCCACACCGACACAGGCACCACAGAAACCGGUACCGAAACCGCGAGCCCACCCUCCACUGCUCCCGGCACGAAUACAAACACAGGGACGGUCCCUUCCUCCGAGAGUGGGCGUGCCUCCCCAGAAAACCAGGGCAGCCUCGUUUCCGAGGGACAGGCGAAAGGCAUGCAGACACAGGUGCAAGCGGCGGCGGAAGCAGCGGCCGCUGCCGCAACGCCUGCUGAAACCAUGGCUUUGCUGGCGGCGGCGGCAAAGUCAGCGUCUACAUCGUAUGCCACUGCAGUCGGCUCCAGUCGCACGACAAUAGGAAUGGCGCAGGGCACGGGAACGUUUGCUACAGCGGUUAGUGACCGUACAGCGGCUUCAAAACCAAUGUUCCCGGGAGCUGCCAUGCUGGGGUCGUUAAUGCCGUUGGUUCAGUUGGUUAUUGAGGAUGAUGAUAAGGAGGCUUCUGAGGGGAAGGGGACGGACAGCGGCGGCGGGGGCGGCGGGAAAGAAGGUGAACAAGUGGCGGCGGCAGCAGCGGCUGUAGAGGGCGACGGCAGCGCUGCGGCGGCAGGCAUGUCGCUGUUGCAGACUCUAGACAUCGAGUCGGCGCUGCAGGCCUAUAGCAGCCGCUCUCAAAAGGCUGCCGUUGGAAGCGAGGACACCUCCGCGCCAGCCGGUACUGGAACGCCGCCGGACUCUGCACCCAGCGCUCCGGCGACGCGAGGUGGGGAGGACCUUGCCACAGCCAUCAGCAACCUGCAGGCUGAGUUAUCGGGGCGGCAGGAGCAGCUGCGGAUCACUACGGUACUGGGCCGGGGCAGCUUCGGAGUGGUGUACCUGGGCACCUGGCGCGGCCUGCGUGUGGCCGUCAAGUCCCUGGUCGUGCACGAUGCCCUGCUGGGUGCUGAAGCGCGCCGCAGGCAGCGAGCCAUCCUGGAAGCGGCCAUCUCCACCUCCCUGCACCACCCCAACGUGGUCUCCACGUACGCUUAUGAGGUCCGGCCGUUGGGCGUGGUAGCCCCGGCGGCACCCAAGCGGCUACAGCAGCAGCAGCUGGCAGCGACAGGGGAGGGAGGGGCGACGUCGGAAGGCAAUCAGCCGACGACGGCUGAAGAGGGCAGCGUGUGGGAGAGCGCGGGGGAUGUGUACAAGCUGUACAUCAUUCAGGAGUACUGUGACGUGGGGACCCUUCGAGAUGCCCUGGGCGCGGGUGUGGUGGGUAGCAUCACGUCGGGCGGAGCUGCCUCGCUGUGUGCGCUGACACUGGCGCUGGACGUUGCAGCCGGCAUGUGCCACAUCCACGCCAAGAACAUUGUGCAUGGGGACCUCUCCUCCGCCAACAUCCUGCUCACGAGUCUCAAGGUGGUGCCCAACAAGGGCGGCGGCAUGGGCGGAAUGGGUAUGGGAGGCCCCAUGGGCGUGGGUAUGGGAGGCAUGGGAGGCCCUAUGGGCAUGGGAGGCGGUGGCGGCGGUCCCAGCAAUGUGUUUGGCGCGCUGGCGGAUGCGAUGGCGUCUUGCCGAACUGCGGGCGCUCGGAAUCUGGCAGCCCAGAUAUCAAGGUUGCGGGGUCUCUGGCGGCCACCCGUGGUUGCCAAAGUCGCGGACUUUGGUCUAAGUGUGCGAAUGAGCGAGGGGCAGACGCAUGCCUCUAACAAGUUUCAGGGUACGCCGCUGUACAGCGCGCCAGAGGUGCUGGCCCGCGGUCACCUUACCAAGGCUUCGGACGUGUUCAGCUACGGUGUGAUGCUACUGGAGUUCUACCAUGGCCGCUACGUCGCAAACCUCAAGGCGCGCUGCGCCCCCAACAAGCCCCACCACCAGCAAUCACCCCAGCAACGCCCGCACGUCGCUGACGCCGACAGCGACGCUCCCGAAACCGCCAGCAUCGCCGGCGGGCGCUUCGUUGUGACGCUUCCAUCCAGCUGCCCGCUGCACCUGCGGGACCUGCUGAUUGCCUGCCUGUCGCCGGAGCCUAGCACCCGGCCUACAUUUGAGCAGGUGGUUGAUUCCCUGGUGGACGUCCUCCUCGCGGAGCACAGCACUCUUUACGCCCGGGAAAUGCAACUUCGGCAGCAACACUGGCAGCGGCCACCCUGGGAGCAGCCUCAGCAGCUCAUGCCCAUGCAAAUGCCGGGUGGUGCUAUGCCGUACCAUCAGCAGCCGUACCAGCUACAACAGCAGCAAUUCCCGAUGCCAUUCCAGCAGCAGCAGCAAGGUGCGCCGGCUAACUGGGGAAGACCUAUGACGCUGAACGCUAUGGCUGCAGCAGCAGUGGCGCCUUCAGCUUUGGCGGCUAUGGGUGUAGCGCCGUCCUUACCGUCCGUACCGUCGGCAAUGGCGCCGUCGGGAGCCGUACCGUCGGGAGUCGUACCGUUGGCAGUCGAGCCGGCAGCACUGACGGCCAUCGGUGUAGCCCCCCCAACAGCAAUAUCACCGUCAAUUAUGGCGGCGAUGGGUGUGGCCCCAGCAGCGGUGGCACCAUCGGCGGUUUCCCCGUCGGCAUUUGGGGCUUUUGCAGUGGCCCCGUCAGCAAUUGCCCCAUCGGCAGUGGCGGUUGCGGCUAAUAAGAUGGCGCUCAUGGGCGUGGGAGAAGACCUUGUGUAGUGGGGUUGCAGGCGUGCAGGAGAAGGUAAAGCAGCAUCGGGCUAGCUGGGAGGGUUGUCGUACUUUUCAGUUGCGCUCCUAGACAAGUUGUGUAAGGGCGAAUGGAAGAACGGAGGCGAUGGCAGUGGUGUUGAGAAGUGCGCGUGACACAAGUCCUUGAGCUAAGCAGAGGGAAUAAGUCAGCACUACAGGACGUGAUGGGUUGGCGCUAGGUUGCGUGAGUGGGAGAAAGAGAACGGGUGACAGCACAACGUUUGUAGCCUAAAAGGCGCCACUAGACGCUAAAUGCAUGGCAAAGAGUGGCCUUCGCCAUGCGUCCGGUUUUUUCUGUGGGUAUUGGUGCAUGGCAUGCAAAGUAGUACCAGCAAACAUGGUCGAGGCUUGGGUCGGCUUGAUUUAACACAUGGGCAAAGACGGGGGAAAGGAUGUUCGAGAGCAUUGCCAACAUGUGUCGGUUGCAUUCCACUCGCGCAUGGCAUCUCAUGUCGUUCGUUGCAUGGUCCUUACAAGGAUAGCAUGUGCUGCAACAAGCAAUAGUGAAACUGUUGUGGAGGACGUUACCGGUACUCACCUUGACCUUGGCUGCAUUACUGUGAGCGCUGUCCGCCGGAGCUGUGGCACACCUGUGGAUUGGUGCUUAUCUCCUGACUGUGAUUCCAUUGUAUCCGUUAUCCUAUCAUGCUAAUAAUACAGUUACAGUCUGCACGCGUGUGCAGUGUGUCCGUACGAGCCAGGGGGGCCAAGGACAUAUACUGACGCACGGUGCAAGAAUCUACCGACUGCCUACGAUGCUACCGGAGGUAGUAAGUGCCGGCGCGGCCGCUGUGUACAGCUUCCUUUGAUGUGUGACGUGCCGGGGUCUUUCGUGCCUCUCCCACUUCAAGGACAAAUAGUUCGCGGCCAUUUGGAUUACUGGGACGUCUUCGCCCAGCAGUAGAGGGCGCAGUGUGGGCAAGCAAGGAGCCUAUUGGAGGAAACUAGGAGGCAUGUGUUUUUGGCCAUGACUAGGGGUUGCUGCUGAUUAUGGCCCAUCCUAGGACAAGCGUUUCAGGGGUUCUUGGACUUUCCGAAGUUCCGUCUAUCGGCGCACUGUGCUUCUGGUUUUUACAUGGGACGGUUUGGUGGGCAGGGGGGGGAUACCGGUAGCCGUCGUGGCGAG